AUGAAGGACCUUCCUGCAGAAAAUAUUUCUUUCACAGACUUCAAACUGGUUGGUUUCUACAGCCUAGGAGAAUGGAGACCUUUUUUAUUUGUCCCUUUCUUUCUGAUGUUUUUAUUGGCUAUCACAGCAAAUUCUAUUCUCAUAUAUUUAAUCAACACUAAAAAAUCUUUGCAUUCCCCAAUGUAUGUACUAAUUAGUCUUAUGGCAGUUGUAGACUAUGUUGCCUAUAUUUUUGUACCUAACAUGCUUCUGAACUUUUUGUUUAAUUGGAGUGGGAUAUCUUUAACUGGUUGUUUGAUACAGAUGUUUUGCCUUCAUUUUGUUGGAACAUUUCAGUCUACUUUGCUUUUGUGGAUGGCACUGGAUCGUUACUUUGCAAUAUGCAGCCCUCUUUAUUAUCACAAAUACAUGGAAAUUCCUAACUUUCUAAAGUUUGUUGUUGUGCCAUUAAUCAGAAAUGUAAUCCUGGUGGUCAUUACGGUCUCUCUGGCUGGAAAACUGUCAUAUUGUUUAACAAAUUUUAUCGACCAUUGUUUCUGUGAGCACACAUGGCAUUAG